CUCUCACAGUCGCAUUUGUUUCAAUUUGUUUUGCUUUCAUCUUUGGCGGGUGUCGUUUGUUUUUAUUAUAAAAAUUAAUUGCGCAUUUAUGGAUUAAUAAGUAAUAAUGAUAUAAAGGUGCUGAGCGUGGUUGCUAUCAUAUAAUUAUUGAGUAAAGAUAAGAAACGCAACGAACGGACGUACUCAAUCUCAGUGAAGAUUAGUUCGUCUGGGCGGCAUUUUUUUUAUCUCGGAAACACGAACAUCUCCAGUGAUGCUGUUGUAUUAGUUUGACGCAAGUUUCGUUACAUUACAGUCGUGAAAAAAUGUGCUACUGACAUUUUUUGUAAACAAAAUCCAUAACUUAUUAGUCUGACUGAAUAGUGUUUUGUUAAAAGAAAUAAUUACAAUAGAAGUGCCAAUGGCGGGAUAUUUGCCGGAAUAUUUUCACACUUUUGUGGACGAGUUAGAUGAGCACCCAUGGCUUUUCGCUUCUCUAGGUUCGAUGUUAGUUGGAUUGAGUGGAAUUUUGCCGCUACUUAUUAUUCCUUUGGACUCCACAGCUUCGUUUGAAAAUGGACCCGGUGCCGACACGCUACAAAUUCUACUCAGCUUCGCUGUCGGUGGUUUAUUGGGCGACGUGUUCCUGCAUUUACUACCAGAAGCCUGGGAGCAUGACUUAGCCAAUGCGAAAGAUGGCCAACACAUAUCACUAAAAAGCGGGCUGUGGUGUCUGUGCGGGAUGUUAGUGUUCAUAGUGGUGGAGAAACUCUUCGCCACGACAGAAGAAGCCGACGAAGAGAAAGAAGAAUACGAUAUAAUGAAGCACAACGGCUCCAUACAGCAGAUAGAGAUCGAGGAGAUAGAGAAACUGCUAGCAAUAGAGCGGAAACACCGCGGGCUGCCGAAGGGCGAGGGCAUCUGCGGCAGCAACGGCACCGUCACGGCAAAGCAGCUCUACGACUCGUGCGUCUUCAACAAUAAUACUAAAGGUGAGGGCCUGUGCUGCAGCGCGCCGGCGGAGGGCGGCGGCGCGGCGCGGUGCGGGGCGCGCGGCACGCGCUGGGUGGGGCGCUGUCUGCUGCGCGAGGCGCGCGAGAAGGCGCACCAGGCCAGCAAGGAGAAGACGGACAAGAAGGAUGUAGCGGGAUACCUGAACUUGAUGGCGAACUCCAUCGACAACUUCACGCACGGGCUCGCUGUGGGCGGGUCGUUCCUGGUCGGCUUCAGGGUGGGAAUGCUCACAACUUUCGCUAUACUCGUGCACGAAAUCCCGCACGAAGUGGGAGAUUUCGCUAUACUACUGAAGAGCGGCUUCUCAAGAUGGGAGGCGGCGAAAGCGCAGUUGGCGACAGCGUCUGCUGGUUUGAUUGGCGCAAUGACAGCUGUUAUCUUCAGUGGUGCUAGGAAUUCUAUUGAGGCGCGCACGUCGUGGAUCGCGCCGUUCACGGCGGGCGGGUUCCUGCACAUCGCGCUGGUGACGGUGCUGCCGGCGCUGGCGCGCGACCCGCGCCGCGCGCACGCGCUCGCGCACGGCGCCGCGCUGCUCGCCGGCCUGCUGCUCAUGCACGCGCUCAACACUUACUGCCAGUAGCACCGCCCACCGACCACCGCCCUCCACCGACGACGAACUAACCCUCUACCAUCUACCGUUUUAAGGUAUUGAUAACAAAUACAUAGUUUUGUAAUCAAAGAUCCGGAUAUAGACUUGUAUCAUGUUUGCCAAUACAUUAAAAACAUAAAAACUAAAUUAACAUAUUUAAAAACUAUUUUCUCUGUGGAACUGUUAUUACUAUUCACUUAGUCAUGUGUAAUCGUGUAUGAAUCAUCACUUAUUCAAUGUGAAAGAAUAUAUUGUAUUUUUAUUUACGAUUAAAUUAGUCAUCCGCUGCGGCAUACUAAGUAUUAUUAUAUUAUUAUCGAAUAUAAAUCGUAGACUGAGAUAUAUAAAAUGAAUUAAAACGUAAGUAUAUAUAGUAGAUAAAAUCUUGGUACAUUGAAAUACUCCCGUUAUUUUACUGCUUUAUAUUAGUAAGGUUCAUGCAAUAAUUUUAUCCAAGUCAUGCAUUAAAGUGAUUUAAAUCAAUAAAUCGUAUGUUCCUUACAUUAUCCCUAAAGACAGUUUUCAUUAUAAUUCACAGAUAUCCACACUAUAUCUGGCUAUGAACAAGUGUUAUAUAAAUAUAUACCGACCGUCUAUCAACUUGCUUCUGUUGAUCCACCGAUCUUAUAACACCCUGUAUAUGACUACUGCAUGUGUCCAUGAAAUAUUUUCUUAUAAUCAGUAUGUAUAUAUGAUUUAAUGUAAAGUCAAGAUUCCACUUGAGUUCGUUCGAUAUGGGUAUAAAUGCUGUAGACAUGAUUUGUAAUAAUAAAUGGCCAAAAAGCGUUUGGUACGCGGUUUUAUCAUCUUAUUAUGCUCAACCAGGCCAUGUUGUAAUUUAUUAGUCCUGUCCACAGUAUAAAGCGAAAACAAGUUAGUCUAAGGUGUAGUUAUAGUAAAAACUGUACAAACCACUCCACUGUUAUAAAUGUGAUAGUUAUUGUAGAUAUAUUUUCUUUCAAGACUAUUUCUAAGAAUAAUGUAUUAAGUUACUUCUGUUUAGAAUGAACCAUAUUAUAUUUUUCGAUAAAACUGCUAUCGAAACUACCCCGUGCAUAUCUUAUUGUGCACUUUUAAACUUAUAUUUUCUGAAUACUUUUUCUGAUUCGACUUUCGGUCACUUAAUAAACAUCAUUACAUGUUAUUUUUACAAGUUAUGUAAAUCUGUAAAUUUUAUAACAUAGUUUACGUACAUAAUAACUUGUUAUUUUUGUUUUUGUUAUAUCUUUUUUGCGUACUCUAAAUAAUAAGGUUUUAUUCGUUAUUAACUAGUUUAAUUAAAGAGAAGUGACUAAAAGCGAAUAAAAUUCCUAGUGAAUACGUAUCUUAAGUCAUAUAGCCGUUGAGUAAAAAUGUGAUAAAUAAAUGCCAUUUAUGAGUAUUUACGUCGUUCACAACGACAAUAUGUAAAUAAGUAGUUACUGAGAAUGAUUAAAAAAUAAAUAAUCAA